UAUUCAUGCAUUGAAAUAAUUGAACCAUCCCCUCCCAAACCCAAAAAGCUACUUUAACUUUGACCCUUCCUUCUUUCUCUUCCUUUUCCAUGGUAGACCCAGGCCAAGCCAAGCCAACCCCUCUCUUUCCUUCUUUUCUCCCUUUCCACAUAUUUUCAUGGAAGUGGAAGAACCCAUUAAUUAUUUCAUAUUUCAGUAGUUAGUAAGUGAAUGAGAGAGAAAGUUGGCUUCUUUUUGCUCCAUUGCUAAAGCAAAGGCCUUUCAAAGUUCUGAUCUUCGAAAAUACAUAUAAGGUUUUCUAUUUAUCCUGGUAAAGCUAUACUUAUUGUGGCUACCAAUUUAUGAAUUUCACUUACUAUUGAAAAGGGUGUUAUCAGGAUCUGGUUUUGAUAUUUGAUUAGUUGCCACCUGAAGGACUACAGUGUCAAAUUCUAGGUUCCCCUGUUCUUUUUUUAUGUUAUAAAUCAAGCAGCUACUUGUGAUUUGUAGAUUUUCAUUUAGUUAGUGAUGCUUUAGCUCUUUGAAUAUUUCAUAGUUGUCAAAAUUUUGUUUGCAGGUGGUGACGUCCAUGUUCUUUUAAGUUUUAGAAAUCAGUUUGUUGUUGAUGGAGUUGAAGAUGAAGGUAACUUGGACCGCCAGUGAAUCAAACCUUGUAUCGAUGGCUGGGAGUAAGUAAUGGUUUGUGUAGUCAAAUCUGUGUAAAAAAAUUGCCUUGUUUUGAUGGCCUCGAAAUCCGGCACCAGACCUUCACAAACAGCCGAAGGUAACUCUCACAGGCCUUCUCCUAUACAAAUCCCAAAGACGAGCAAAUCAGAGAUACCAUCGAAAUCCCAUAAAUUAGAGUCCGUUGAUUCCUUUACGGAGAAAGUAGAUUCAGGUCUAUCUUUGAUUUCUCCGAAAGAGGUUCAAAAUCAUGUUGGUUCUGGAUUAAGUCAGAUUGGUGAACUAGAGAAGAAAGCAUUGGAACAUGGAAGUAAUUCAGCUUUGGCUAAAUCCAGUGAUGGGGCCACUGGCGUUGUCAAGGUUAGUGGUGGUGCCAAAGUCGGUGAUCGUCCAGAUUAUAUUGAGAGUGGAAAGAGCAGUAUGUGUAGAGGUAGUACAAGCAGUGAUGUGAGCGAUGAAAGUACGUGUAGCAGCUUAAGUAGCAGUAUCAACAAACCUCAUAAGGCAAAUGAUAUAAGGUGGGAAGCCAUACAGGCUGUCCGAGCAAAAGAUGGUGUGUUGGGUUUGAACCAUUUUAGAUUACUGAAGAGAUUAGGCUAUGGAGAUAUCGGAAGUGUCUAUCUUUCGGAAUUAAGUGGAACAAAGUGUUAUUUUGCAAUGAAGGUGAUGGAUAAAGCAUCUCUAGCAAGUCGUAAGAAACUUCUUCGAGCUCAAACAGAAAGAGAAAUACUACAAUCCUUGGACCAUCCUUUCCUUCCAACAUUGUAUACGCAUUUCGAGACUGAAAAAUUUUCAUGUUUAGUGAUGGAGUUCUGCCCUGGAGGUGAUUUGCAUACACUACGACAAAGACAACCAGGAAAGCAUUUUACCGAGCAAGCAGUAAAGUUCUAUGUAGCAGAAGUUCUCCUUUCUUUGGAAUAUCUCCACAUGCUUGGUAUUGUUUAUCGUGAUCUCAAGCCGGAAAAUGUUCUUGUUCGAGAAGAUGGACAUAUAAUGCUUUCGGAUUUUGAUCUUUCCCUUCGUUGUACUGUUAGUCCAACACUAAUAAAGUCAUCCACACUUGAGUCUGAACCCUUGCGAAAGAAUUCGGGUUAUUGUGUACAACCAGCUUGCAUUGAGCCUUCCUGCAUCCAGCCAUCUUGUGUCGCCCCUACGACAUGUUUUUCACCCCGUUUCUUUUCAUCAAAAUCCAAAAAAGAUCGCAAACCCAAGAAUGAUAUGGGGAACCAAGUCAGUCCAUUGCCCGAGCUUAUUGCCGAGCCAACAAAUGCUUGCUCCAUGUCAUUCGUGGGAACCCAUGAGUACUUGGCGCCUGAAAUUAUCAAAGGUGAGGGACAUGGAAGUGCUGUUGAUUGGUGGACAUUCGGGAUCUUCUUAUACGAGCUAUUGUUUGGUAAAACUCCUUUCAAAGGGUCUGGGAAUCGAGCGACCCUCUUCAAUGUCGUAGGGCAGCCCUUGAGGUUCCCGGAAUCACCGGUAGUAAGUUUUUCAGCAAAAGAUUUGAUAAGGGGCUUGCUGGUCAAAGAGCCACAGCAUAGGUUGGCGUACAAGCGAGGAGCAACGGAGAUUAAGCAACAUCCUUUCUUUGAAGGUGUAAACUGGGCUUUAAUCCGUUGUGCAAGUCCACCGGAGAUUCCAAAACCGGUUGAGAUAGAACGGAUUCGAACCCCUACCUCAUCAGCUGGUGAUAAACCUUCUGUUCCUGCUACUAAGGAUCAGAGUAACUAUCUCGAAUUCGAUUUCUUUUAAUUAUUAUCUGAACCAUUUUUCUUUUUCUUAUUUCGAGGGAAUGUAAGAGUUCAUGAUGAUGUGCAAAUUAGAGUUUCUAGAAAUGAUAAUGAUCAUAUAUGCUUGAUUGUCUUAAUUUUCAAAUUUGUAUUUUGCAUAAGUGAAAACAUCAUUUGAUUUUGCAUAUUGAAAGGCUAUGGGCUUGGUUUUCUCCAUGAUGUUACAUAAA